GAACACCCAGAAUUCCCUGUUUUUCUCCUCCCACAUCUUAGCAACAGAGUAUACCAAUUAAUCUGGAUUAGGGAUUAGGAGACAUGGAGAGAGCAGCGUGGACAACAACAAGAACAAAAGCUGCCCAAUCAGACGGGACAGACCAUUGUAUAUCCAGACACUGUAGAAUGUUCCACCUGUUUACUCACUGCUGGCACUGGGUUCAAAUUAGACAGGAACCCAUCAGGCAAGUGACAAUCCUAUUCUUGGGACUGGAUAAUGCUGGGAAAAGCUCAGUGAUUAAAGUAAUACGUCGAGUCCCGCCAUGCCAGGUCUUAUCUUCCUCUCACUUCGAGCCAUUCAGAACUGAGAUUCGUCUGGACCGCUUUGACCUUACUCUUCUUGAGAUCCCAGGAGGGCCAAAGAACAGGGCCAGUUGGAGGCUAUCCUAUUCCCAGGCUCAUGCUCUGGUCUUUGUAGUGGAUGCUGGUGACCCUGGGCGCAUGAAGGAAGUGGCAUGUGUGCUUGCCAAUGUUUUGAGGCACCCAUGUGUGGCUGGCAAACCUCUUCUAAUAUUGGCCAAUAAACAGGAUAAAUCCUCUUCCCUUCUCACCAGUGAGAUCAUUGAGCUGCUGUCAUUAGAAACCUUAGUGAAUGAGAACAAGACGCUUUGCAGAAUUGAACCAUGCUCCUCAGGGGCGGAGUUCAGCUCCCAGCAUGACUGGGCAAUAUUGAAAGGGCUAAGGUGGGUCCUUCGAUCUGUGACGCUCAGCUACCCCAUGUUGGCUGCUCGUGUGCAACAAGAGAGCUUUGAGGAGAGAAAUAUCAAGAUUCCAAGCUUAAGGGGGCCACAAAGGACACCAGAUGGAAGAAUGUUGACAGAUAGUAUAUCUGACCUUGUGGAGUACAAAUCAUUUCCAGGGGGAAAGAAGAGACCUCUGAAGCCCAUCCAAAAUAUUUUAUCUCAGACAGGUCAAAAUCUGCGCAAAGUGAAAAAAAGUAAGAGAAAGGUCCAAGUAAAGGAGACCAACGCAAUAAAGAAAGAUGAUCAAAAAAUGGAGGAAAGGAAGCCGAGUGUAGAACAAAAACUGUCUCCUUCUGCAAGAGUUCAAAAAUACCAAGGCAUGGGACACAGUACUGUAAUUUUGCCACAGGACGAGAAAGGGGAUCAGGCUACCGGCACCAGGAAGAGAAAGAAAAAGAAAAAAGCCAUUCCGAAUAACCAGAUAAUAUCACAAGAUGGGGUCACAGGAGACAUGAGUAACACUUUUGACCUGUAUCGCAAAGCAAUGCAAGCCCUGAAACUGAAACAAGAGCAACAGCGAGCAAGAUCUGUCAACAACAGACGAGGGGAUAACGCAGUCCACUAAAAGCUCUGUAACAACUGUACAAAAACUACAUGUGAAUGCUUUUUGUUCACAGUAUGUUUAAGUACAAAUACAA